CCCCCUCAAGCAAAGACUACAGAAGUUGUGCGCGAGAGAGACAGCUUGCUGGCUAGCUGGGCUAGAGUUAGCAAAGUGAGAAUCAUAAUGGAUACAAAUUCCUGUUUUUUAGUCGUUUUAGUCCUGCUUUCCGGGACAGGGAUUCGAGAAACGCAAGGUCUGCAGUGCCACUGUCAGCGGUGUCCGAACUCCACCUGCGUGACGGAAGACGGCCUCUGCUACGUCUACAUGACCAAGUCGGGGGGCAAGUACACGCAGGGGUUCGGCAUGUGCCUGACGGAGUCGGACCUGUACCCCCGCGACCGGCCCUUCGUCUGCGCCGCCUCCACCAAGGACAACACCGGCGUCUACCCCCUGUGCUGCGACACCGACUUCUGCAACAAGGACCCCGACCUCAGCGACUUCAUAGUCCCCACCCCCAGGCCGCCGCCGAUGGGGGCGGUGGUGCUGGCGGCGGCCAUCGCGGUGCCCGUGUGCGCGCUGUGCGUGCUGCUGGUGCUGGUCUUCUGCAUCUGCCACAGCCGCGCGGUCAUCCACCACCGCGUGCCCAGCGAGGAGGACCCCUCCCUGGACCACCCCUUCCUGGCCGACGGCACCACCCUCAAGGACCUGAUCUACGACAUGACCACCUCCGGCUCGGGCUCAGGCCUCCCCCUGCUGGUCCAGCGCACCAUCGCCAGGACCAUCAUCCUCCAGGAGAGCAUCGGGAAGGGGCGCUUCGGCGAGGUGUGGCGCGGCCGCUGGCGGGGCGAGGAGGUGGCGGUGAAGAUCUUCUCCUCGCGCGAGGAGCGCUCCUGGUUCCGCGAGGCCGAGAUCUACCAGACCGUCAUGCUGCGGCACGAGAACAUCCUGGGCUUCAUCGCCGCCGACAACAAAGAUAACGGCACGUGGACGCAGCUGUGGCUGGUGUCGGACUACCACGAGCACGGCUCCCUGUUCGACUACCUGAACCGCUACACCGUCACCGUGGAGGGCAUGAUCAAGCUGUCCCUCUCCACCGCCAGCGGCCUGGCACACCUGCACAUGGAGAUCGUGGGCACGCAAGGCAAGCCGGCCAUCGCCCACCGUGACCUGAAAUCCAAGAACAUCCUGGUGAAGAAGAACGGCACGUGCUGCAUCGCGGACCUGGGGCUGGCCGUCCGCCACGACUCGGCCACCGACACCAUCGACAUCGCCCCCAACCACCGGGUGGGGACCAAGAGGUACAUGGCCCCGGAGGUUCUGGACGACUCCAUAAACAUGAAGCAUUUCGAGUCCUUCAAGAGGGCCGACAUCUACGCCAUGGGCCUGGUGUUCUGGGAAAUCGCGCGGAGGUGUUCCAUCGGUGGCAUCCACGAGGACUACCAGCUGCCGUACUACGACCUGGUGCAGUCCGACCCCUCGGUGGAGGAGAUGCGCAAGGUCGUGUGCGACCAGAAGCUCCGGCCCAACAUUCCCAACCGGUGGCAGAGCUGUGAGGCGCUGAGGGUCAUGGCCAAGAUCAUGCGGGAGUGCUGGUAUGCCAACGGCGCCGCCCGCCUCACCGCCCUGCGCAUCAAGAAGUCCCUGUCCCAGCUCAGCCAGCAGGAGGGCAUCAAGAUGUAGGCCGCCAGCUCCACCCUCCGCCUCGCUGUCUCUCUCUGUCUCACUGUGUCUCUGUCUGUCUCUAUCACUGUCUCUCUCUCUGUCUCACUGUCUCGCUGUCUGUCUCUCUCUCUCUCUCUAUCACUGUCUCUCUCUCUAUCACACACACACACUCUCUCUAUCUCACACACAGUCUCUCUCUCUCUCUGUCUCUCUCUCUCUCCCUCCUGUCUCUGCGUUUGUCUUUUUUUUUUUCUUUGUGGGCUUUUUCCUGUGUGUUUUUUUUUUUUUUUUUUUUAAAUAGGAAAAGGCAGUACAAUGAAAGUAUUAUUUUUAUUUUAUUAUUUUUUGUUUGUUUGUUUGUUUGUUAUCGUUCGGCUGUACUCAGUCAUGGUUUGUUUCGUUCGAGCGACUGAAAAGAACACUUGUGCGUAUUCUACCUCGCCGAGGUAUGUGAAGCUGGUUUUUUUCCCACAAAAAAAGAAAAAAAAAAACGUGCCGAUUUUUCACGUGGGAAGGGCGGCGACGAGUCGGACUCUCCUCUACGUGCAGAGCCACUCCCCCCCCCCCCCCUCCCCUAUCCCCGCCCAGAUGCCUGGCCCCUCCCCCUAUCCCCGCCUCCCCCCUCGCCCAAACACUUCCUGGACUUAUAAGACGGUCUGUACCCCUACACCUGGAGCCCCUCUUUGAUCACCAGCGCUUAGAGACCGCAGUUGCCAAGCUCUUUUUAAACCACCCCCCCCCCCCACGCUCUGUGCAUCCGGACUACUUCAAAGAAAAAAAAAACACGAAACGAAGGAAAACAGAUUUACACCAUUUCUGGUCUUAACAUUUGCUUAAAAAAAAAGAAA